GAAGGGCGGAGAGGGGAAACUUUGAGAAGCCUGGACCGUUCCCAGUGGAUCAGCUUGGGCCGCGUUCGGAGUCUAACUUCGUCCCCGGGCCGGUAGUCGGAUAUUGCCCACGUCGGGGGCCUCAAGGAAGGGGAUGAUGGACUCGCAUUAACGCCGAGGGAUCACUGAAGCAAAGACAUUUCCCUCCCGGCUUUUACUCCCUCCCCCCCUCUCCUCGGUGUGGAGAGGAGAGGGCGGCCGGGGCACGGGAUCCUUCCGGCGGGCGCGCCCCUUGGCCGCUCUGACUGACUGUCUUGUCCUGCGGGCGGCUGUGAAGUUAGAAAUCUUGCGCCCCAUUUCCAAAACUACUGUGAGUUUCCUUCGUGUUAGUACAGUUCGAGUGCAGCCACACCCUCCCUGUGCUUCCUGAUAGGGGAUGCAGGGCUCCUAACUGAAUCUGUCUGCCUGCCAUUCCAACACAACAGGCACCAGCACUCGCAACGGCUGACACUAGACUUGUGUGUGUGUGUGUGGGGGGGUUAUCGUUGGAAGAAAAAGAGAUCCACCUCCUCCCUAAAUGACCGAAAGGAAAACAAGGUGGAGAAAGCAAAAGUGAAGUCGCCUUGUGGGAGUUUUUCUUUGAAUUCUGGCGGAAAUCUGCAACAUCAGCCCCCAAACCAGAAGUGAAAUCUGAUUUUCUCUUUUAUUUUCCGUUGGGAGGGGAGGAGACGGAGGAAGAGUUUCUCGGUUUUCUUUUUUAAUUCAUUCCCUCCCAACCCCCCAGACCGAGACCCUCUCCUAGAAAGCGACAGCAUCGGGAGAACAAAAUCCAACUCGAGGACGAGGUUUUGCCGGCGAGAAGUUAAACCGAAACAGCGUCAUGUAUGGAGCCAGGAGGCGGUGGAGUUCCAGACUGAGGACAUGCACGUUGGGUUGUGCUGGGCAAACGGAUUAAGAGAGGGAGGAGUGCCCGUGUCUACUACAUUUGAUUAUUUUGGGCAGUGGGACCUCUGUUUGCAAAGCCGGCGGCGAGGAACUGAGCUUGGCAUCGCCUGCGAAUCCUGCUGUCGGUGGAACAGGAGGGCGAAAGAGUCGCCGAUUUACAUAUUGUCUGAUUUUUGUAUUUUUGUUUGGCUUUCUCGGUUCACCGAGCCCUUUUGCUUUGCGGUCAUUGAUGGGACGAUGAUGCGACAUCCUGGGCUCAAUAGGAACGGUGCUGGUCUCCCUAGCGGCAUGCGAGAGGCCGCUCGGCACUAUGGCUAGUAGCGGCUCGGCCAAGUCGGGGGCGAGCGGCUCGGGUUCGGGUUCGGGUUGCCAGCAGCGGCGGAGACUGGUUUUCGUGUGCGACAUGUGCAAGAGCAAGAUGCAACUGGUGGCCGACCUGCUGCUGCUGUCCGGCGAUAACCGCCCGGUGCACAGCGAGAGCCUGAGCCCCGGGCCCGGCCAGUCCUUUGACAAGAUCCGGGACGCGGUGAUCGCCCGCACCAAGGGCCUGUCCAUCCUCACCCACGACCUGCAGAGCCAGCUCAACCUGGGCCGCUACGGCGAGGUGGCCGAGCGCCUGGCCGAGCUCAGCGAGCUGGUGGUCGCUCUGGUCGAGUGCUCGGCCCACGCCGCUUACCUGGCGGCGGCGGAAGCCCCGGGCUCGCAGGCGGCGGUGGCCGGCCUGGUGGACCGUUACCGGCUGCGGCGGGCCCGCCACGAGGUGGAGCAGAGCUGCGGGCUGCUGCGGACGGCGCCGGUGUCCGAGCUCACCCCGCCGCUGCUGCUCGAGGUGUCGCGGGGUCUAGCCAGGGGUCUCCGCGGGCUCACGGAAGCCUGCGCUCCGGCCGGCCGAGGCAGCGGGGACCGCUUCGCCCGCGACCAGCUCCGCCUCGGGGUCAAGUGCAUGAGCGCCAGCGCCGCCGCGCUGCUGGCCUGUGUCCGGGAGCUGAAGGCACGGCCCGGUGAGGCGAGCCGGGCCCGCUGUGUGCUGUUCGGGGGCCCGCUGCUGCAGGCCGUGCACGCCCUGGUCGGCUUCGCCAGCGAGCCGCAGUUUGUGGGUCGGGCGGCGGCUCUGAGCACCGAGGGCCGCGCCGUACAGACCGCUGUGCUGGGCGGUGCCAUGAGCGUGGUGUCCGCCUCGGUGCUGCUCACCCAGUGCCUCCGGGACAUCGCGCUGCACUCGGACAGCAGCAAGGUGCCUGAUUACCGGCAGCGCCUGCACCACUCCGCCCUGGCCGUGUCUGACGGCUGUAACCUGCUGUCCCAGGCUCUGCGGGAGAGAUCCUCUCCCCGGACCCUGCCUCCUACACCCCCUCCUCCGACCCUCAACUGCCACUCUGUGAAUUAACCCCCUCGGUCAACCCUGCCCUCUCCUCCCCACCCCGUCCCCUCUGCUCCACC